AAUCGACGUAAAUUGAUUGUAAAACAUGAGGAGCCACAAUAUUCACAAUUGAAUUGUCAUGGAGCACGUCCAUUUACCUUAUUCAAAUCAAUUUAUACAAAUAAUACUGAUCGAUCACAGGAAUAUUCAUUUAAAACUGAACGUACAACGGAAAGUUUAUGCAGUGUUAUACGUGAACAAGGUUAUAUGAUUGGUGGUGAAACUGAAUUAACACUAAAAACACCAU